UCAGAGAUGAAUCAAAGCAGAGUAACUGACUUCAUACUAACUGGAUUUCCUGGGCUUCAUCAGGAAUAUUAUGGUCUUGUGUCAUUUGUUUUAUUCUUAGUGUAUUUCGUAACAGUGGUGGCAAAUGUUACAGUUUUUUUCCUAUUUGCAACUAACCGGAGUCUUCACAAACCCAUGUACUACAUCAUUUUAAAUGUGUCCGCAUGUGAUCUUCUCUUUAGCACAACAACUUUACCUAAAAUCAUCAGCAGGUACUGGUUUCAAUCGGGGAGAAUUUCCUUUAAUGGUUGUUUUGUCCAGAUGUACUUUGUUCACUAUUUGGGUUCAGUAAAUUCUUUUAUUUUCUUACUGAUGGCUCUUGAUCGGUACUGUGCUAUCUGUCAUCCUCUCCGAUACACGACUAUCAUUAAAAAAUGCACAAUUCACAUUCUCAGCGUGACUGCAUGGAUUGUUGGUAUUGGAGCCCCAUUAGCAUUAGUGAUUAGAGCAUAUCCUCUUCCUUAUUGUGGAUCAAAUGUCAUCAAUCACUGUUUCUGUGAUCAUAUUGGAAUAACAGUUCUGGCCUGCACUGACAGAAGCCCUUAUUCCUUUACUGCUUUUGUGGGGGCAAUGCUUACACUGUUAGGACCUCUGGCAUUCAUAGUUUUUUCAUACGGCUCAAUAUUUGUAGAAAUAAGUAAGGUAGCAGAUCCAAAAAGUUGUGUGAAGUCUCUGUCAACAUGUAGUACCCAGCUGAUAAUAAUCUCAUUGUACUAUGUGCCCCGAUGUUUUGUGUACCUAGCUAGCCAGGUCGGCAUAACAUUUAGUGCUGGUUUGCGAAUAGUAAUUAUAAUGCUUUAUAGCCUUGUCCCUCCAAUGAUAAACCCACUCAUAUAUUGCUUACGAGCUAAAGACAUCAGGCAGUGUUUGAUUAAACAAUUCUACAUAACAACUGGACGUCAAAAAGCUCAAGUUUUCGCAGUCAGUAAUUGACAGAUCAUUACAUUGAUUUAAUAUCACCCAUUUGUUUUUAUGUUGAAUAUUUCCCAUUGGAAACCCUGCCCUAA